GCCUUCGCCAUGAACGGGUACUUUAAUUUCAUCGUUCUUCUUCUAGCCCUACCCAGAGAGAGCCAUCAGGGAUGGAUCAAUAAUAUGCCGACUACGGGAAGAACAACGACGGGGACAACGGCUACCACUAGCACUACUACUACUACUACUACUACCGUUCCACCCUCGCCUUGCAGCCGAUACACAUCAACUCCGCCGCUGUUCCUGGCGAAUCAAUGCGGACGAUGGAACUUGCCCAGUGCAUCCACCACAAGCAGCUGGUUCACACGAUUCUUGGAGAUUUUCCUGCUUCCACUGCGUGGGCCGGAACCGGAGAACAGAGAGGCGGACCCCCUGAUCAUCGGUGGAGCCCCUGCAACCAUCGCGGAAGCCCCGUGGAUGGCCUACGUCUCCAUCACGAAACCGAGCGGAUCCUUUUACUGCACGGGCUCCAUCAUCGACCAGCUCCAUGUUUUGACUGCCGCUCACUGCGUCAUGGACGGGGGAAACCUCUUACUGCCAAGCAGUGGUCCUACAGGUUGUGACUUGAGCAUCGUCAUGUCCGCAUGCACAGAACGCUAUGGACUCGCUGAUAUCACAAAGGGUCAUGAUAUCGCCGUGAUCAAGCUGAACCAGGCCCUGACCUUCUCGCGCUCCGUUCAACCGAUCUGCGUGCCGAGAUCCGACAGCCUGAGCGAUGCCGGAGCUUGUCCUGCAAAAAUUUUCGGAUGGGGUCGUACCACUGAAACUCCGGCAGUCCGACCCCAGAUUGUGCAGAAACUGGAUGUGACGGUUCUUUCGAAGAAUGCGUGUUCGAGUGAAUUCGACAACGGCAUCGUGUGCGUGAAUGGGGUCAUAUCAGGGUCUGGAACCUGCUUUGGAGACAGCGGAGGACCUCUGGUCGUGUACGUCGGCAGCGUGGCCUACGUCAUGGGAGUGGACUCGUACAUUUAUGGCUCCUGUGGACAAAAUCCCCCCCGAUACGCUUGGGUCACUGCAUACGUCGACUUCAUCUCAUCCGAAGUCAUGACGGGGUGAAAUGGGCGCAAAUGUUCCAUGCACAGGACUCGGGC